GCUCCGUUCAGCAAACAGUCUGUGGGUCCGCACCAUUAGAUCGACAUCUGCCACAUUGAAGCCAUACACUUGUGAGUGGCCCAACUGUGGUCAGACAUGUGCCAGUCUCGCUAGUCUUAAGGUGCAUAUGCGCAUGCACACAGGUGAACGUCCCUAUGCGUGUGACUACCCUGGAUGUGGCAUGAUGUUUACUCAAACUGGUAGUUUGAGAAGACACAAGCUUGUACACACAGGCGAACGUCCCUAUGCGUGUGAUUAUCUUGGGUGUGGCAUGAAGUUUACUCAAAGUGGUAGAUUGAAUGCACACAAACGCAUCCACACGGGCGAACGUCCCUACGCUUGUGAUUAUCCUGGGUGUGGCAAGAAGUUCAUGCAAAGGAGUGAUAUGGUAAACCACAAGCGCGUGCAUACAGGCGAACGUCCCUAUGCAUGUGACUAUCCUGGGUGUGGCAUGAAGUUUACUCAAAGUGGUAAUUUGAAUGUACACAAACGCAUCCACACGGGCGAACGUCCCUACGCUUGUGAUUAUCCUGGUUGUGGCAAGAAGUUCAUUCAAAGGAGAGAUAUGGUAAACCACAAGCGCGUGCACACGGGCGAACGUCCCUAUGCGUGUGACUAUCCUGG